AUGUUGCAAAAGGUGUUAUUAAUACUGUGUUCCUCUGCACUGGCCAGUGCUGGAGUCUACGGAACUGGUUACUCUCCUUCGACAUCAGUUUCCUACACCCCACACAUUGUCAAGACUGUGUCUACUGCACCCAUUGGAUACACAAAAAUCGUUCAAUCACCGCCUGUUUACCAAACCGUUUUGACUACUAAAGAAAGCAACUUCCAAACUCCUGAUGGCGCCCAUCAUGAGAUAUACUCCAAAGACUAUAAUACAGUUUACUCCAGUGUCAAAAAUUUUGAUACAAAGUCAAUCAAAGAUGGUGACGUCGUGACUAAUACAAUUCCUAACUUUUAUUCAACAGCUGUGCACUCGCCGGUUGUUUAUCAUACGGGUACAGCUUAUACCGUAUCCUCGCCUUUAGUUCAAACAGUUCAUGCCCCGACUUUAACAAAAUCUGUAUCAGUCCCUGUGUCGUUCACAACUCAUAACGUGCCUUUGACUAAAACGAUUGUGUCUCCUGCUUUAGCAUCAUACUCAACACCUGUUUAUGACAAAACUAAGAUUUACACUUCAGGAUUGUCAUCUUAUUCUACUGUUUUUUUUUAUAAUCAAAUUGGUAUACUUUUUCAGUUACUAGUCCUUCUGUGCGCGUUGGCGACAGCCCGUGCGGGUGGCCUCUACGCCUCCGCUCCCGUGGCCACAUACGCCGCCGCUCCCGUCUACAAGAGCUACGCGGCUCCCGCCGUAGCGUACUCCGCUCCCGCCGUAGCGUACUCUGCUCCUGCCGUAGCCUACUCCGCCCCCAUCGUCAAGGCGGUCGCUCCCGCGGUCUCCUCCGUCUCAUCUUACUCUACCCACACCUCUCACGGAGCACCAGUGGUAGCUAAGGCUAUCGCUCCCGUCGCGACCUACGCGGCUGCUCCCGUAGCGUACGCUGCACCUGCGUACGCUGCUCAUGCAACUUACGCUGCUCCCGCAUACGCCGCACACGCGACUUAUGCUGCUCCCGCUGCGUACGCCGCGCCCGCUGCCUACGCCUCAUACGCGCACGCUGCCCCCAUCAGCUACGCUAAGACCUACGCCCCCGCUGUGACCUACGCUCAAGCUCCCAUCGCCACGUACGCUGCGCACGCUCCUUCCUACGCCGCGUACUCCGCCGCCCCGGUCCUGAAGUCCGCUGUGACCUACUCCGCCGCUCCCGUCGUGUCUCACGUGGCUUACAGCGGUCACGCCGCCAACUACGGCUGGUGAUCAUCUUACCCUCUGUACAAAUCUAGUUGUUUAUGUUUUGUAUAUAUACUUUUAUACAUCAAGAAUAAAAUUU